AUGGGCGGCGGCGGCGGCGGCGGCGGCGGCGGCGCGGAGGAGGAGCUGACGGCGCAGGAGACGGCGCUCUACGACCGCCAGAUCCGCGUCUGGGGCGUCGAUGCCCAGAAGAGGCUAAGUAAGGCGCAUGUGCUUGUGUGCGGCGUCAACGGUACUACUAUUGAGUUCUGCAAGAACAUUGUUCUAGCAGGAGUUGGCAGUUUAUCAUUGAUGGACGAUCACAUGGUCACAGAGGAUGAUCUCAAUUCAAACUUCCUAAUUCCUCAUGAUGAGAGUGUGUAUGGUGGUAAAUCACGGGCAGAGGUUUGCUGCGAGUCCUUAAAAGAUUUCAAUCCAAUGGUCCGAGUUGCUGUUGCAAAAGGUAACCCAUCACUAAUUGAUGGAACAUUCAUUGACAUGUUCGACAUUAUUGUAGUCAGCUGCGCAUCUCUUAAAACAAAGUUGUUUAUUAAUGACAACUGCCGGAAGAGAAGCAAGCAUAUUGCCUUCUACUCUGUAGAGUGCAAGGAUUCUUGUGGUGAAAUAUUUGUUGAUCUGCAGGACCAUAGCUAUCUUCAGAAGAAGCCUGGAGGAGAACCUGAACAGCAGGAGUUGAAAUAUCCUAGUCUGCAGGAAGCUAUUUCUGUGCCCUGGAAGGAUCUGUCCAAAAGAACAACUAAAUUGUACUACGCAAUGAGAGUCUUGGAAAGUUAUGAAUCAUCUGAAGGGCGCGACCCUGGUGAGACAUCACUUUCUGAUCUGCCUGCAGUUUUGGCUCGGAGGAAGGAUAUGUGUGAUAGAAUGUCUGUGGACGAGUCUAAAAUUCCUACGUCUCUUCUGGAACGGCUUCUAGCAGCUGGGAAAAAGGAACAUCCUCCUGUAUGUGCAAUCCUUGGUGGCAUUCUUGGUCAGGAGGUGAUCAAAUCAAUAUCUUGCAAGGGCGAUCCGAUCAAGAAUUUCUUUUACUUCGACGAUGCUGAUGGUAAAGGGGCCAUGGAGGACAUCCCCCCAACUCCUGAAGACUAA